CUAUAAACCGCUAUGGUAACUCAAAUGAAUAUAAGAAAAACAAACAAAGAUUAAUUUGCUUUUAUAGAUUUUCAUUUAUUACUAAAAUAUAACAAGAAACUGAUAUGAUUGUGAUUGAAAGUAGUUACCAUCAAAUUAUACUUGAUUUAUGCUUCAAUCUAGUUUACACUUGUCAAUAAGUGAUGCUAAUAAUCUAUAAAAAAAAGAAGAAAUUGAUGCUCCCUGUGAGAUUCUAACCCAUCUAAGAUAGUAUCUCUGAGCUAUGCAUGCAACAAUGUGUUAUAAAUUAUGCCGAAUCAAUUCAACUAGUGACCAUAUUACAAUUUGCUUGAUAUCUAUCUAUCAGAACUGACGAUUGUACAGACAUCCUAUUGAUCAUUGGACAAUGAAUACUUAUCGGUUUAGGGGUUGUGGAGAUUGUUAAGUUUUUGAUUGAAAUCAUGAGUCAAUUGAAGCUAAACCACCAUGGGAAACCUGGAAGCACUGAACGGCCGUUUCGUCCUAGUAUGGGACUCCUCAUCAGUGUGCAUCCACGAUCCCACACCCCACGAGAUUCGAAUCCAGCACCUAUCAGUCUCGCACCAGGCACUUAACCAACUAAACCACUGAGCCGGCAUCCAAUGGUGUUAAUGUCUAACCUCAACCAAUCCACGAAAUUGCGCGACCAUCUUUCAUUGUACUGAGGUAGACACUUGUUUCCACCCGACACGGAUUAGCUCCACUGGUCACGGCUUCUCACCAGAACUCCGAGAAUUUUCUCACGAAGCUAGUCACUAGUGAGCACAUGGUAAUUAUCAGUUUAGGGGUUGUGGAGAUUGUUAAGUUUUUGAUUGGAAUUAUGGGUUUGAAUCUCGCAGAGGGCGAGGUCGUGAAUGCGCACUGCUGAGGAGUCCCAUACUAGGACGAAACGGCCAUCCAGUGCUUCUAGGUUUUCCAUGAUGGUCUCAUGAUUUCAAUCAAUGAAUAUGUAAUUUGAUUUCAACUAACUUUUCUUCAAAUUUUUGUGUAAUUUUAUUUAUUUUCUCUCUGGAUCACUCACUUAUUCAUUGAUUAUCAUAAUUAUUUUGUAGACACAUUACGAAGUUGGUAUAUUUAGUCGUUAUCAUUCACAAUCGGGUUAUGUCUAUUUAGGUUUACAAUUGUUCAGUUAUAUUGCCUAUCUAUUCAUUUGUUCAUAUACUUGUAUUAAAUGGUCUGGAAAAAGAAUUUUCUUUAUUCGAUUUAUGGCAAUUAGUUGUAUUUGGUAAGAUAUUAUUCUUUAACGUUUUUCUGGUUAGCGUUUUUUUAGUGAGUUAGUUUUCUACGGGAUGGGGUCGCUAACCUCCAUGCCCAACUCUCCUCCUUUAUAUCCGGGGACUCGGGACAGGCAGUAGCCCCAGGUGAACUCCAAGCGGAGUUAUAUUAUUCUCUAAUUUAUUAUAUCUUCUUUACAAAAUGUAAAAUUAGCUCUGAUAUUCACUGUUUUAAUGUACAAUUGAAGAGAAAAAAAUGCUUCCAUCUAUAAUUAUAUAGGGAUUCUUUACAAAAACAUGAAAUAACUUAUGUAACAGCUAAUAAAAAUUAAGUCAUUUUGACAGUGGCAAUCAAUCGUCUAAACAGGGAUUGAGAAUACAAUAGAAGAAAACUGUUCCAAUUAAACAAACGUUCAAUGAAUGUUUCAGUUAUAUUGAUUUAUGAUUUCAAUGAAAUUCAACAAUCUCCACAAUCACCAUAUUGAUAAUUAUUAUUUGCUCAUUAGUGACUAACAUUGAGAGGAAAUUUUUGGAGUUCUAGUGAGAAUUUUAUGAGCCGUAGAGCUAAAUUAUAUUGGGUAUGUGGAAGGUAUUCAUUGAAGACAAUGGAAAAUGGCCACGCAAUUUCAUGGAUUGAGUGGAGUUAGAUUUGUACAUUAAUGAAUAUUCACUUAGAUAUCUAGUGACUAAGCAUUCGCGCGAGGUACCGAAUGUUCUGGGUACCCGUUCCGACUUUAAGGUCGGGAAUGUGCACUGUUAAGGAGUCCCACAAUAGGGUGAAACCGAACCCCAGAUCUUUGUAAUUUUUAAUGAUUGUCUAACUUUGAUUGAAAUCAGAAUGGGAGUUUACGGAGAUUGCAGUAAUUUUAGUACUUAAAUUCAUGAGUUUAUGUAAGCUGGACCACCAUUGAAAACUUAGAAGCAUUGGACGGCUGUUUCGUCCUAGCAUAGGACUCCUCAGAAGUUCACAUCCACGGUCCUGAAUGCGGGACUCGAACCCAGGGCCUUCCGUCUCGCAUGUGAACUCUUCAUCUCUAAACCACUGAGCCGGUAUCCAACGGUGUUAAUGACUAAUUGCAAUCAAUCCAUAAUCUUGCGCAGCCAUUCAUCCAUUGUCUGAGGUAGAUACGGAUUGGACUCUACUGGUCAUGACUUCGAUUGACACAGGAGUUAAAUGAAAUGAAAAAAAUUUUCAAAAAAUAACCGUUAUUAGUAUUAGGAAGAUACAAUUACAAUGACCAAGAAAUCUAAUUUACCAGUUCAUAUAAUGUGAGAUACUAGAAAGAAGUUUGUAAGAGUGUGGAUACAUCAAAUAUGUAUAUUGUACCGAAUUCGAUAUUGUGUCACUGAAGAAAAAAUGGUUAAAUUAGAUAAAAAUUGGUUUCAGAAAAUCUACUGACCAAAUAACGACAAUAUGGAAUAAUCUUAUAUUCCAAAAAUGUGGUUUGCUUCCAUUCAGUGUAAAGUUUUCUAGAAAUUAUUCAUUAAAUGUGUAAUGUGUAUUUGAUAGGAUUGUUAAACAGUCUCAUCAUUGUGAUGAUACUUAACUAAUAAGUUAACGAAGAGUCUCAUACCAGAUCAAAACAGCCAUCUAGUACUUCCAGAUUUUCAAUAGUAGUCCAGUCAAGAUCAAUCCUUGAUAAAAGCAAUAAAAAGUAUACAUUCUCCACAAAUCCCUUAGACUAAAAGUUAUAUUUAUAUUCAGAUACUCAGUAUGAAUAACAAAGUUAUAUGAAAUCAAACAAACUGACUACUCAUUCUAAAAUCCUCUUAAUUGAUGAGGCCAAAGUAUGUAACCCUCUUAACUCAUAAGAUAAACUUAUUACAACUGGAAGCUGCGAUUAAAUCAUUUAAACUCAGACACUCAAGUACAACUGUUCAAUCAAAAAUAUUUUGACAUAAAUAGAGAUUGCGAACAGAUGAAAGUGUCAGCUUAUUAAAUAGAAUGUAGAUAUACUCGAUCCCUGGCCAAUCAUACCUCAUACUGACUGAACGCUUCUGUUAUAUUAGACAAUGUUAUAAUUUCGAAAUCCUUAACUGGCUGGUGUCUGAUACUAAGAUCUCAAAUAUGACGACGACGGGAAUGGGAUACAGGAUCUCAAUCUAACACUGAAAGAUAUUCCUAACGAAUGCCGACGUAUUAUUAAUCCAAAAAGCGACCCGAUGAUGGUAUGUGUAAAUAUUAAUGUUUAAAAACACAUGGCUAGUGAUGUGAAUCACAACUUUCACUUGAUUUAAAUGUCUAAAAUUAUGAUUCUCAAAGAUUCCCUCGCUAAAAUCAUAUGUCUGCUGUUCCUAAUCCUAACGUACGAUGUUCACCAGUUGCUGAAACUGUAAUACUUUGCAUUUCUCCCAUUUUUGUUCACUUAAUAAUCACAAAUGCGCGAAAUGUGGGACUCAAUAACUGGAAUACGAUGAGCGUUUGAUGCAUUUGCAAAAAACUUCAAUACCAUAGUUCAAUCAUGAAAUAACUUCAUCAAUGGUGAACACUAAUUAGUCUACUAGGUUUGGGAAAGAAGAACAAAUCAAUUGUUGAACUGAUCCAUAUUUUGAAGGGAAAAUUUCUUGAUUGAAGUUCACAAAGUGAACACAAAUUGUGUUAAGAGACUUUGGGCGGAAAAAUUCAAAAUUAAUGAUACUUGAACAAAUACAUUCAUUUGCUAUCUUCUUGAAAAUCUCAAGUUUUGUAAUCACUAUUUCAUAAUUAUCAUUUCUACUGCACGGAGCUGAAACUUGCAAAACCACCACAACCAUCAUCAAAAAAGUACAAGUAUUUAUAAACAAUUGUCUAUGCAUGAUACUCAAUGUUCGUUGGCCAGAUACCAUCAACAACAGCCUACUGUGGGAGACAACCAACCAGUUUCCAGUUAAAGAGGAAGUCAACAAAAUACAUUGAAAUUGGAUAUGAUACACAUUAAUCAAAUCAUCAAACUGCAUCAAUCGCCUACUUAGAAUCUCGAAAGGAAACAGAAUAGGGGAAGAUCAAAGAACACACUUCAUCGAGAAUUGGAAGCAGACAUUAAAAGAAUCAAUAACAACUGAAAACAACUUGAAAGGAUAGCCUAGGAUAAAGUUCGAUGGAGAAUAUCAGUGAGCAGCUCAUGCUCCAUCACGAGAGGUAACAGGCGUUUUGGACUGUACCUUUAUGGAUUAUACUAAGUAUGAAUUAUAUUUAUACUUGGUAUAUGGAAACAUUAAUUCGUCUUAUAGAUGAAUUAAUUCAUUUUACUGGAUUUAUCGUUAUGAUGGUUUUCUUAAGACCAGAUAAAACAAAUCUAAUAUUUCCAUAUCAUACUAGUGCAAUUUCAACAAUCAUAUCUAGAAAGAAAGAUGAUAAUGAUAAUUGGGAAACAAAACUAGUUACUGAAACUGUUAGCAGCACAUCGACAACAACAACAACAACAACAAAAUCACCGCAACUAUCUAUUAUUCCUAUGAAGAAGAAUGUAGCACAAACCGAUAACACCAAAUCAGUCAAUAAGAAAGUUUCACCACCUCAACGACCGAAUCCACCAAGAUUAUUUAACUUAACCGGGAAACCAGGUGAUUUACCAGCUCCAGGAUCUGUUCUAACUAGUGGUUUAUCGGAAUUGAGUAAAACACCAAUGAAUUCACCAAAACGUCCACAAACUACACCAAAUUUAAAUAGUGGUGUAAACAGUCCACGUUUGCAAACAAUCGAUAAAGCUGGUUCAACACAUUAAAACAUCAUGGGAUAUAUGUUAAUAAAUCAUAGUUAUAUACGCUCGCCUGUGUGUAGCGGAAUGAUGAAUUGAUCAGAUAAACGAUAAUUUCAUUAGCUGUUAUUAGUACCAUUUUA